AAGUGCUUUGCAAUUUGACGAAAUUCUACUUUGAUUUAUCAAUCCAAAAUAUUGCGAAAUAAAUUAUAGACUCCGUUGGUGCUUAAGUUUAUAGGGCCAACAAGAUGUCGCGCCACAGAAUAGUACGCGGCAUGGACUACAGCGAUGAAUAUGACGAUCAACAGUGGCUCUUCGACAGGACUGGAGCACGCGGCCAACAGAGCAUCUCGGCAUUUAUAAGCAAAAACAAAGAUAUACAAGAGGAAGCAGAGCAGGGCGAUGAUGAUGAUGAAGACGAGGCAUACCGAAAAGCCAGGCGCGAUUCUGAAAGUUUUCAGAUGCCUGAGCUGACUGAUCUAGAUCAGGCAAAGCUAAGCUCAUGUGUGGACGAGGUGCGCAGUGUAGUCGGAGACUCAGUUUCGGAGCGUCGGAUAGUGGAGACUACCAUGCGCUUUGACUACAACAUACAGAAAAUACUGGAUGAGAUACUGAAUGAGGAAACAAACAAGAUAGAGAGGGAAAAACAGUUUCCAAAGCCGAAGAUAAGCGCUAAUAUCAACAAGGUUACUACUGUAGUUACUACACCAAAAACACCACUCAAAGUUACACUGGCAACCCAAAAGGAACCGAAGAGGGGCUUUGAAAUAGCCUCGCCUAAAGUGCCUGGCUCUCCUGUUGUAUCUGGUCGCAACACGCCUGUGGAUAUAGGUGUAGGCGGAGACGACGCAGGACGCAGUGCCACAUCUAUCUUUAAGGUAUCCAAGGAUCAGGCACACCGAAACGCGCAGCAGCUAUAUGAACAGGAGCGCUCCUCCCAAAAGAGUCAUAUGCACAUGAUAGUCAUUGGACAUGUGGACGCAGGAAAAAGCACGUUAAUGGGUCACCUGCUGUACGAUACGGGCAAUGUGUCGCAGCGCGUCAUGCACAAGCACGAACAGGAAUCCAAGAAACUCGGAAAGCAAAGCUUUAUGUAUGCCUGGGUAUUAGACGAGACUGGUGAGGAACGUGCACGUGGUAUUACCAUGGAUGUCGGUCAAUCACGUAUUGAAACAAAGUCAAAAAUAGUCACAUUGCUAGACGCUCCUGGUCAUAAAGACUUUAUACCAAACAUGAUAUCUGGUGCAACACAGGCAGAUGUGGCGCUGCUUGUGGUAGAUGCCACGCGAGGAGAGUUCGAGUCUGGCUUCGAACUGGGUGGACAGACGCGAGAACAUGCUAUAUUGGUGCGCUCGCUAGGCGUUAACCAGUUAGGCGUGGUCAUCAAUAAGCUGGACACUGUGGGUUGGUCCAACGAACGCUUCACGGAGAUUGUCAACAAGCUAAAAUCCUUCCUUAAACAGGCUGGCUUCAAGGAGUCAGAUGUUAGCUUUACGCCCUGCUCUGGGCUAACCGGCGAGAAUCUCACCAAACCCGCACAGGAACCUGCUCUCAAGGCCUGGUACGGCGAGGGUCCACAUUUGUUGGAUAUCAUUGAUCACUUCAAGGUGCCAGAACGCGCCAUUGAUCGGCCACUGCGACUGUCUGUAUCGGAUAUUUACAAGGGCACCGGGUCUGGUUUCUGCAUAUCUGGUCGGAUAGAGACCGGUGCAUUGUGUCUCAACGACAAGGUGCUGGUAGGCGCUAGCCGCGAACAGGCUCAAGUGAAAUCACUUUCAAUGGAUGAACUGUCGCAGACGAGUGUUUUUGCUGGAGAUCAGAUUUCUGUUACGCUAGCCGGCGUCGAUAUAAACAACAUCACGGUUGGCUGCAUCAUAUGUGAUCCACAAAUGCCCAUACCGGUAACUACACGCUUCCAGUGUCGAAUUAUCGUUUUCAAUGUGAAGGUGCCAAUAACAAUGGGUUAUCCAGUCCUCCUGCAUCAUCAGUCACUCAUCGAACCCGCUGUGGUCUGCAAAUUAACUGCAUCUAUUCACAAGAGCACCGGUGAGGUUGUUAAGAAAAAGCCGCGCUGUUUGGGAAAUAACUCGUGCGCAUUGGUGGAACUAGAGACAUCGCGCCCAAUCUGCAUCGAGCGCUAUGCCGACUUCAAGGAGCUAGGACGCAUUAUGCUGAGGGUUUCCGGUGUCACAAUAGCCGCUGGCAUGGUGACAAAGAUUCGUUAAGACAGAGCU